AUGCCGGCAUUACACCCUCAGGAUGCAGUGCAGAGCCUAGCGCUCACACACCCGGAGCAGUUCUGGGCUCGCCACGCAGCACAGCUUCACUGGCACAAGAAGCCCUCUGCCGCUCUACGCAUGGGCACAAGGACGCUGGAUGACGGUACUCGGCAUCAGAGCUGGUCGUGGUUCCCGGACGGGGAGAUCUCGACUACGUAUAACUGCGUAGACAGACAUGUUCGGGCUGGCCGCGGAGCAGACGUGGCUAUCCUAUGGGAGUCGCCGGUGACAGGCCGGGAGGAAAAGAUCACCUAUAGCCAGCUGCUGGAGGAAGUGGAAGUGCUGGCGGGCGUGCUGAGGGAGCAAGGGGUGCAGAGGGGGGAUGUGGUGGUUAUCUACAUGCCCAUGAUACCUGCUGCGCUUGUUGCGGCACUGGCAAUUACAAGGUUGGGAGCAAUCCAUGCUGCUGUCUUUGGCGGGUUUGCUGCAACCUCCCUUGCCCAGCGGAUAGAGGCAAGCCAGCCAAAGGUUGUCAUGACUGCCUCCUGUGGCAUUGAAGGCAAAAAGGGCCCCAUUGAGUAUAAACUCCUGGUCGAGGAUGCUAUUUCCAAGGGCUCCUUCAAGCCUGAACGGGUGAUUGUAUGGCAGCGAGAGGAGCUGCGUUGGUCUCCUAUCUGUGAGGACCAGGGUCAGAGGGAUUGGCGCCGUCUGGUGGAUGAUGCAAAAGGCGUGGUCUACGGGCUGAUGCGGUGCCAGUUCGGAGUGAUGAAGGAUUAUAUAUCAUAUAUACCAGUGGGGGUGCUGAGAGAAGCCGGUGGCCAUGCAGUCGGCUUAAAUCUCUCUAUCAGGUACCUUUUUGAUAUCAAGGGCCCCGGCGAUGUGAUGUUCUGCGCCUCUGAUUUAGGGUGGGUCGUUGGCCAUUCGUUCAUACUCUAUGCACCCCUCCUUGCAGGUGCUACGACGGUGCUGUAUGAAGGCAAACCAAUCGGGACUCCAGAUGCAGGUAGUUUCUGGAGGUUAAUUGAAAAACACAAGGUCAACGCCUUGUUCACUGCUCCCACGGCCUUGAGAGUAAUACACAAGGAGGAUCCAAAUUCAGAACUGCUACACCAGGUCGGUCAAAGGGGAGGGUUGAAGCAGCUCAGAGGUCUCUUUUUGGCCGGCGAGAGAAGCGAGCCGAGCAUUGUUGUGGCUUUCCAAAGGCUGCUGGAACAGCACGCCGCGCCUGGAGCAAUGGUAAUAGAUAACUGGUGGUCAUCUGAGUCUGGAUCGCCUAUGACGGGACUUGCUUUAAGGCCUGACCUGGGAGUAGUCAACGGCAAGGUUCCAAAGACUAGAGCACUCAGAGCAAAGCCGGGCUCUGCCGGCAAGCCAAUGCCUGGGUUUAACGUCCGAAUAGUCAACGAUGAGGGCGAGGAAGUGGAGAACGGUACCAUGGGCAACAUCGUGCUGGCCAUACCGUUUGCUCCCACGGGAUUCACAACUCUGUUCCACGACGACAAGCGGUUCUAUCACGGGUAUCUCAAACGGUUUUCCAGCCGAUGGAUGGAUACCGGCGACGCUGGCAUGAUAGAUCAGGAUGGAUAUGUCCACGUCAUGUCACGAUCAGACGACAUCAUCAAUAUAGCUGCACACAGGUUCAGCACUGGGGCCAUUGAGCAAGCUAUUCUCUCGCAUCCGGAUGUAGCAGAGGCAAGCGUAGUAGGCAUUCCCGACAGCAUCAAGGGCCAUCUACCAUUUGCUUUCGUGCAACUGUAUCCCUCAGCUAAGACUGCGUCUGGAAUACCAGCGACUCCGUCUAGAGAAUUCUUCCAAGAAGUCAACGCCCUGGUGAGAGACCAGAUAGGGGCUAUAGCCUCGCUCGGAGGGAUCGUUCAGGGCCAAGGGAUGAUCCCAAAGACACGAAGCGGCAAGACACUUCGACGGGUAUUGAGGGAACUUGUGGAGAAGGCAGCUGAAGGUAAGUAUGAUGCGGCUGUCAACGUGCCGCCAACGGUCGAAGAUCCAGAUGUUGUUAAAGUGGCCAGGCGCAGAGUGAAGGAGUACUUCCUCCAGCAGGCGAAUUCGCAACGCAGCAGCAACAACAACAACAAACUCAAUACGACCAGAAGCGAAGGACGAGCAAAGCUGUAG